AGUUAGCUUUAGAACACGAAGCAAAAUAUCUUCAAGAUAUAAACAAAUACAAGCAGAUGAACCCUGACUUUGAGCCUCCACCGUUUAAGUCUAUUUUAACUAAAGAAGAAAGAGCUCUCAAAGAACGGCUGUUAGAUGGAAAACCUGUCAAACCUCCUAAUUCUGCUUACAGUUUAUUUUCUACAAAGAUGCUACAAAGUGAAGAAAUAAAAAGUUGUCCAUUGAAAGACAGAAUGAAUUACAUUUCAGGUUUAUGGAAGAAUAUGAGUGAGAUGGAGAAGAAAGAAUAUAUUGAUCAGACAAAACAGUUAAUAGAACAAUACAAGUUAGAUUAUGCAAGUUAUAUUAAAGCACUUCCCAAAGAAAAGCGCCAAGAAGAAUUGAAGACCCUGUCAAAAAGAAAACAGAAAUCCAUGAGUGAAAUCAAUAAUCAUACUCCAAAGAAAAAACGAAAAGAGAAAGCGGUAAAAGUAGAGGUGAAAGAAGAAGAAGAAGAAGAAGAGGUGCAAGAAGAAGUCAGUUUAAGUGAACAGCCUUUGGAAAAUGAUAAUGAAGUUGAGGAAUCAUUGAUGGCUAAAAUCGUCGCAUUAGAACCUGAACAGCCUCCCUUGAAUGCAUUUGGUUUGUUUCUUAAAAAUUAUUCUGGAAAAAAGCCGGCAAAAGACGAAUUUAAUAAACUAAGCCGAGCAGAAAAACGUAAAUUGGAAAAAGAAGUGCAAAAUUUGAAGAAAGCUUAUAUCAAAGACUAUGAAGAAUUUCUGAAUGGUUUAACAAAGAAGCAGUUAAAAACGUUUUCAAAGUGGUCAAAAAAGAGGGAUGAGAAUAAAAAAGAUCCUGAAAUAAGUAAAAUGGGAAAAGCUGAAGCCGAAGUAUCAUCAUCUUCUGAUUCAGAAUCAGAUUCGUCUAGUUCAUCUUAAUUUCUUUACAUAUUAGUUUGGUGAAAAUAGGGACAUCACCUAUACCUCCAUUCAUUUUAUAAAUUUGACAAAAAGGGGUAAUGAAUGUAUUAAUCUAAAAAAACUUAAUCGAUUGCCAGUGAAAGUGACAGUGGUAUAAUAAUUUUUUUAGACAUAUUCUAUUUAAAAAUGUUAUUUCCAAAUGUGUUCGUUACAAAAAUUAUGUUGAAGUUGUCCAAAUUUAUUACUUUUAAAAGAAGUAUUAAUGCGCUUAUUCAUGUAUAAAGAUCUGAACAAUGGUGAACCUGAAUACAUAUAAUUAUAUCAGCAAAAUACAUUAUCUUGUUUCAGAAUUAUAGAUUUACCAUCAUUAGUUCAUUUGCCUUAAGCAAAUGUAAUUAAUUUAUUUGAGUAUCAACUUGAUUAAUUGGUAAUAGAAGUAUUUCUUAUUCUUAUAUUAGUAAGAGUGUAAUUUUUAAAUUAGUGCUUUGUGGUACUUCACAAUUUUUUGUAUGAUUCAUUAUUCUUAUCAAUUAUUUAUUGAUGUACCUAAUUUGGAAAAUAUUAUCCCUAAUUUACUGAAAUUGUAAUGCAUUGUGAACUGAUAAGUUUUCUGUUUUAUAGAUUUUUUUAAUAAAAAAACUUUCCAACCAUUACAUUU